AUGACUCUUGGCAGUGGCGGCUCUGGUGCCGUGGCGUCGGCGUCUGCCCUACAACCCGCGGCUCCUAAGUUCUGUAUAUACAGGACUUCGGACGGCCAAAAUAUCCCCGCUCUCGCUAUCGAAUACAAAGCGCCACACAAACUAAGCGUCGACGAGGUCGUCACGGGCCUCGAGUCGGAAAUCCGGCCGGAACGUGACGUGAUUAACCAGGACGGCCAGGGCUUUGCUUUCACAGCCAAAGCACUUGCCGCCGCCGUUGUCACCCAACUCUUCUCCUACAUGAUCGGAAAGGGCAUCCAGUACGGCUACGUGUGCACAGGGCAGGCCUUCGUCUUCCUCCAUAUCCCGGUGCAUCAUCGAUUUGGCGGUCUCCACAUUGCUGCGUGA